AUGAGGUUCUUCGUACUGUGUUUAUUCAAUUGCCUCAUUGGUUGUCAUGGAUAUGCCGAUACUAAGAAACGAAGUUUUCCACCCACGUUCAUGUUUGGUGUUGCUUCGUCAGCGUAUCAAAUUGAAGGAGCUUGGGAUGAUGACGGAAAAGGGGAAAGCAUCUGGGACAGAUUUGUCCAUGAAAACCCUGAACGAAUAGCUGAUGGUUACAACGGUGAUGUGGCCAGUGACUCGUAUCACCUGUGGAGGAGAGACGUGGAGAUGCUAAGAGAACUCGGCGUGCACUUCUACAGGUUCUCCAUAUCAUGGUCGAGGGUUAUGCCCACUGGUUUGUCGAACUCUAUAAACGAGGCAGGCUUCGCGUACUACGACAACCUGAUCGACGAACUCUUGAAGUACAAAAUCAUGCCAAUGGUGACCUUAUACCAUUUCGACCUGCCUCAGUAUCUCCAGGACUUGGGAGGUUGGAUUAAUCCUCUAUCAUCGGAGUGGUUCGAAGACUAUGCAGCGGAAGUUUUUAAAAGAUACGCCCAUAAAGUCCCAUUUUGGAUCACCAUCAAUCAGCCCAAGUCGAUAUGUAUGGAUGGGUACGAAUCAAAUGUGCUGGCACCCGCAGUGAACUCCAAGACUGUUGGGGGAUACGAGUGUACUAAAAACGUUCUACUGGCCCAUGCUAAGGCUUAUAGAAUUUAUCAGAACCUUUAUAAGACUGAACAUCAAGGUAACGUGGGUAUCAGUAUAGAACUGAACUGGUUCGACCCUGUUAAGAAUAAUACAGAAAAUGCUGCAGCCGUCGCAAGAGCUAGAGCGUUCCAGAUCGAUUUAUACAUGCACCCUAUCUUUUCGGAGACGGGUAACUUCCCAAAUUUGGUCAGAGAGAUAGUGGCUAGAAAGAGCAAGGAGCAGGGAUUCACAUCAUCAAGACUCCCCACUUUAACUGCUGAAGAGAUUAAACUUAUCAGAGGAUCUGCAGACUUCGUAGGCAUGAAUCACUAUACCAGUUUUCUGGUUCAGAAUAGCAAGAAGCAAUAUGAGUCUCCGUCAUUGGAUGAUGAUAUAGGCGUGGAGUUGAGCUAUAGGUCUGAAUGGAAACCUUCAAAGUCUUCUUGGUUAAAGAACACCCCCUACGGAAUCUACAGAGCAUGUAUCCACGUAAACAUUAAUUACAACUACCCGCCCAUGAUAGUGACAGAACACGGUUGGUCUACUGGCGCUGGACUUGGAGACAAGAGCCGGGCGGACAACUUGAGACACUAUUUAAAUUCACUACUACUGGCGAUGGAGGACGGAACCAAGCUAAAGGGUUAUGCUGCAUGGAGUUUAAUGGACAAUGUAGAAUGGACGGCAGGCACUAGUGAACGUUUCGGCCUCUAUCAAGUUGACUUCAACUCUCCUACUAAAAACAGAACAGCACGAUUGUCCGCACUGGUUUAUAAAAAUAUCAUAAAGACAAGAGAAGUAGAUCUCGAGUGGAUGCCGGAGAGUCUGCAAAUAGACAUAGAUCAACCAAAUAAGGUGAAAGUAGAAUUAUAA